UCAAACUUUGGUCAAUUUUAUGGACCUUUUAUCAAAUAGUAAAUUAAUAUAUGGGGCUUUUAUUGUGUGGUGUGUGAGUGAUUGUGAACUUGUGAAAGUUGAUUGAAUAGGUAACCAUAAUUUCACAACAUUAUAUUCAAUGAUUUCGUAACAAAUUUACAUAUUGGUGUAUUUAAGACUUCAUUUAAGUCAUCCUAUAAGCAAAGGUUUUGCACAAUUGACUUUACUCCAUACGACGUUGUGUUAUGUCCAGAGGUGGUAGCUUUCCAAUGGUUUUAAAAAUAACUCAGUGCCCGUCGUGAGCACGGUUUUAGUCGACACCCAGCAUUUUAGCAAACAACCAUGGCUCUAGCGGUGACUCGCGUAGUUCUUCGAUGUGAGGAUGCACAGGAGUCACAAGCAUUAGAUUUGUCAGAAUGCCAACUGAUGCAGGUACCUGAUGCAGUUUAUCACCUCAUGCGACACACAGAGCUCAAGAGCUGUGAUCUCAGUGGAAAUGUCAUCACAAAAAUUCCUCCAAAGUUUGCUGUCAAAUUUAGUUUAAUUACAGAAUUGAACCUAUCAAAUAACCAAAUGGCGAAAUUGCCGGACGAGCUUUGCACCCUGGAGUGUCUACAGCGACUCGACAUCUCUCACAACACAUUUGUGGCUCUCCCAAGCAUUGCCUGCCAAUGUCCCAGUCUCCACACCCUGUUGGCACACCACAACCAGAUUAUUGAGGUGGAUGUCGACAGAUUAGCAAGAUCUCGCGCCCUUGAAUAUGUAGACCUUAGUGAUAACCCCAUACCCCCACGGACACACGAAGAACUGAAGCAGCUUUCGCGACCUUCAGUCACCGUCUCAGAGAGAGAGAAAGAAGAUUGGGAGGAGGACCUAUUAAUAUAGGAGGAUAUGUUUACGACUUGAUUUGCAUUCUGGGCCAGGUAUGACGGCAUCCAGUAGUUCAUAUCUGGCUUUUAAACGGGAGACUGCAAUACUAUGCCUUUGUAUGACAAAACACUGGUCCUAACUCAGCUGUGAUUUAUCUCUGUGAAUUGAGGACGAUAUCAACAUAUGCAGGGAUUUUAAUGAUUGUGUGAAAUGAUAAAACUAUAAAAUAAUAAGGCUUUAGUUUUCACAAAUGUGUGCUCAAAACAAAUGUGUACUUAAUUAGCUUAAUCAGUGUCAAGUUACAUUUUGUUAUAAUAAUUUUGUCAUAAAUAAAUUGCAUUAUUUUUAUAAGUAUAUGUAUAAUGUUUGGAUGGUAUUAUGUUGAUAUAUCUCACUUUAUUGUAUACUAGUCCAUCAUUAAGUAAGUGCAAUGCUUUUUAGUAAUUCCAGUUAGGAAACAUCUAUUAGAUUAAUUAUAAUUAUAUUGGGGCAACAAAUGAAGUUGAUGUUUUUAUGAGGUGAUAUCUUGACUUCGAUCAUAAUCGUGUUGCAAAAAAAUAAGUUGCUAUAUUUUAAGCUCGCUUAUCUAUGUAAUUAAAUAUGGUGACAAGUUGAAAACUUCUUUUUAAAAAUAAAGAUAAAUAAAAUAUAAAUACUACUAGUUCAAUGAUUGUGUUCACAAAAAAAAAUUAAUAAGUAUUAGUCAGUCUCAAAAUAAACUUUGCCUAAAAUGUGAAGUAAACCUGUUGCCCGAAAUAUGUAAAUGUGACUGACAAAAUAUGACUAUUAUUUUUACUCUUAAAGUACAUUUCUAAAAUGUAUGCUAUAUGUAUAGAUAUAAGAUUUUGUGAUGUGUUUUAUAAAAAAAAAUCUGCUAUGAAAUCAAUUAAAAAUUUUAAAAUAA